GACCAAUCACCUUGCGCCAACUUCAACCUAGGCAGGACGACAUCAAACGAAUGUCCAAGUCCCACUCUUGGCUGCAAAGACUGAAGGCGUUCUGUGAAGGUCGCUACGCUUAGACAUGUUUCUCAAAAGGCUUCACAUGAAUCGGACCAGAUUCCUACGGUACAGGUUCCCGGAUAGACCACGAAGGUCUCCUUUUGUCCCCGUAUCGAAGACGCAAGGCCCAGAAGUGUCUUCACGGCCGGAGCACACCUCUCUUUCGUUAAAGCAGUUAAAGCAAAAACGGCAGGCCCGAAAACGUGUCUCACGUGACCCUAAUGCUAUACUCUCCGCGGCCACCGAACUAGGAGUUUUGGAAGAACGGAUUGGCUACAAAUUCGAGAACAAGCUGUUAGGCAUCGCCGCUUUCAAGACUCAUAAUAGCACGAAACUCGACCUUGAUGGCAAGAAGACAUUCUUUGAGGAUCAGAAGCGGCUCGCGCUGCUCGGAGACGAAGUUUUAGAUCUAGCAAUAUGUCGAACCUGGUAUUAUAGUCGGCGAAGCCGAGUACUCUCUAGAAGAUUCGUCGCUCAAAACACGAGCAGCCUUGCGCGAAGUUGGUGGCAGAAUCGGCCUCCAGCGGCACCUUGAUGCACUUGGUUCGGUAGGCCACUUGGGAGAGGCUUUCGAGGCUCUUUUGGGUGCAAUUUAUCUUGAUUCGCACGACAAUUUGAACAAAAUUCUAGAAGUACUCAAAGCCAUCCAGUUCUUCGAGGUUGAUUCCUCCCAAGUGUCAUCUACGAUCGGGAAGAGUCAAUCGAAUACAGAC